ACAGACCUCGUGGUGAACUAUCUCCGGACUCGGCCAUAUUGAAAUAUUGAAUGUCUCUGUUACACAAGGGCUCAAGAGUAGCCGUGAAAUUUUCGCGUGAUCCUCGACGAAGAGAGGAUAAGAGACACCAUGGAGUCCGUGUACAGCAUUAACGUUACCAACAAAUUCUUGGUACCGUUGUUGGCCGACGAUGCGGAUCUGCACGAGAUAGUGCAGCAACGGGAACAAGAGAAGGAAGCUAAGAAAAAGGAGAAGCUUUCGGAAAAGGAGAAUAAGAGUAAGCAGCCGGACGUGCAAAAGCCUACCGGUAUCAAAACGCAAAAAAGCCGUGUUAUUAAGGAUGCGCAGCAACCAGCAUCGAAGGUCCAAGAUCCAAAGAAAGAUCAAGGAGAGAAAAAGCCACCACAAUCAAGAACCAGUGGUGGAGAUCGCAAUGUAAAAUUCUCUGGAGACAACAGAGAGGAACGCAAUAACAGACGUAAUCGCGAAGAUGGAGAAAGAACACCCCGUGGUCAAGGAGAACUGAGACGUGGACCUCCUGGCGAGGGCCGUGAAACACGAGAAUUCAGAAAUUCUAAUGAUACUCAACGUGCAGAAUAUGGAGAACGCAGAGGUCGAGGUGGACUGCGUGGGAUUAGUCGCGGACGCGGAGGACCACGUGGUCGUGGAGGAUACGAUAACCGCGGAAAACGUGAAUUCGAUCGCCAAUCAGGCUCUGAUAAAACCAGCGGGAUUAAACCGGUCGAUAAAAAAGAUGGUGCUGGAAGCCAUAAUUGGGGUACUCACAAUGAUGAAAUUGAAGAAAGUUUGAAUCAAGAGAGUCAAGAUUGGCCUAACGAGAAACCUGAUGGAGAUGCUCCCCAAGCAUCUCCGGAUGCAAAAGAGGGUGAGGCAAAUCCGGACGCAACUGAAGAGAAGCCCGCUGAGGAAGAACCUCGUGAAUUAACAUUGGACGAAUGGAAAGCUUUACGUAAUACUAGAGAGAAACCUCAAUACAACAUACGCAAAGCUGGAGAAGGUGAAGACAUGACUCGCUGGAAGAAAAUGUAUGCACUCGCGAAUAAGAAGGAAGGUGGUGAUGACGACGAAGAAGAUGAAGAAGACUAUGAUGCUGCGGCGGAAUAUCCUCAACGUGUUGGAAGACAGAAACGUGUAUUAGGCAUCGAGAUACAGUUCAGUGAUUCUCGACGUGGUUCUGGUGGACGUGGUCAGAGACGUGGAGGCCGUGGAGGAGAACGUGCCAACGGUCGUGGAUUUGGAAAUCGUGGUGGAGGAGCUCCUAGAGACGCAGGAGACUCGCGUGGUCCUCCUCCGCAAACUGAGCAAAGGUCGCCUCGGGGACGUCAAAAUGCUCCGAAAGUAGACGAUGAGAACGACUUCCCUUCACUGGGAUAGGUGAUUUCAUCCGUCAUCCAUACAGUAUCCCACCACUAUCGUCACCAUCAGUACUACUACCACAGAUAAAAUUACCACAAUUACUAAAAACAAUAUUACUAUCAACAUUUUUGCAUCCAUGAAAACGUUAAUGCAUAAUACAAUACCCUUUGCGCAAGUAAUUGUCCAUGUUACCAAAGGUACGUAAUGUUUCUUGAGUGUCCAAAGGAGCCAAGUGCUUUUCAAGUAUUUAUGGUGGUAUGGGCAAAUUCCAUUGUGCCAAGGUACACAUUUGCAAAAUGAGACGCGUAAUUUAUAUAAAUAAAACGUAGCGCUUGAACGCGCUCUUACAUAUUGGCACGUUGACGUAAACAUAAGGAAAAGAUGUCGCAUGAUAUGAAUACUGUAGAUCACGAUCCUUUUUUGUACUUGUAACAACACGGUUUGUCCGUAACUAGUAUCCAGGGGCUAGUUGACAGAUGAACAAUAACAAGAACGAGGC